AUGCUCGUCAAAAACAUCAUCGCCACUUUUGCCAUUGCUGGUCUAGCUAUUGCUAUGCCAACUGAAGAUCUUGAAGAGAGAGACACUACUGCAUGUCGCACUGCUCACGGGUGGUGCUGCACUAGUGCAGUCUCCUCCCUAAAUCUCUUCUUCGUGAAGGGAGCUGGAUCGGGCUGUGUUCCUGCCAAUCCUAAUGGCAAGGAUUGUGGUUCGAGCUCCCCCAAGAAACAGGUUAAUCUCUGCUGUUCCGGCAACCAGAUUGUGGUACGUUACUAUUGA